AAUCACUUUUUGUAUCAAAUAUUUUAUUCAAUUUAUUUCAUUUGUCUUCAACUCUAUUGUGAUUGUGUUUGUCUUGUGAACCAUCACUUGAAUCGGUUCCCAUAUAUCAUCGGUUGAUAGUGAGGUGGAGGUUGUGGUCAAAGAGACUACAAAAACGAGAGUAAUCUACAAAUGGGUUACGAUUUGUCGCGAUUUGAGUCGGAAGUGGACGACGAGCUGAAGUGUCCCAUCUGCUGUUCAGUGCUGGAGGAGGCAGUCCAGGCGCCCGACUGCGAGCAUACGUUUUGCAACGAUUGCAUCAAUGAAUGGCUUCAGCGGCAGACCAACUGUCCGGUGGAUCGCCAGCCCCUCAACUCGACUGAUCUGAAGCCAGCGCCACGAGUGCUCCGCAACUUUUUGGCCAAAUUGGACAUCAAAUGCGAAUACGCGAGCUUUGGCUGCAAUUGUGUAAUAAAACUGGAAUUAUUGCAAACCCAUUGCAAUGAAUGUGAUUUCAAUCCAUACAAACCGAUUAUCUGUGAGAAGGGUUGUGGACUGAUUCUGCUCCGGAAUCAAGUGGAAGAACACAACUGUUUGUCUGAUUUGCGGGAAUUAGUGAAUACACAGCAGAAGCAGAUCAAUGAGCUGAAGAACUGCAAGCGUAUACACGAGGAACAGAUCAAUGAACUGAAGAACUCGAAGAAGCUUCACGACGAGAACAUCAGUGAACACGAGAGACAAUUCAUUCAACUCAACGAUCAGAUCAAUCGUCUGCAGCACACGUUAGAACAGAUCCAAAAGCAAUACGAGACCAAUGAUGACGACGACGAUGACUGCUAUGUCUCCAAAGGGCACGGCAUCGGACGCAAGAGACCGUCGACCAGCACUUGGAAAGACAUUCCCAUCAAACGAAACAAAGACAUGUGUGUGUCGUUGAGUGACUCGCAAUCGCACCAACACUUCCACCAUUUGCAUCAAUUCCCACAUUCACCACAUCCUCACUGUUCGUCUUCGCUGUCCACGGCUUGUGUCGGCUCACAGACGAGUGAACACAAGAGUCUGAACAUUACUUUCUACGGCACAGUCAUCACAGUGGAAGUGCUCACAAUUGACACCAUAGAGAGCGUGAAGGCCAAGAUUGACACAAUGGAAGCCAUUCCUACUGACCAACAGCUCCUCUUCUUCGCCGGAUUACAACUCGAAGACCACAAGACUUUGAGUUAUUAUAAUAUUCAUAAGGAAUCUCUCAGACAUCUGGUCCUUAGGCUCAGGGAUGGGAUGAAGAUAUUUGUGAAGACGCUGUCAAAUAAGACAAUUGAAGUACAGGUGGAUCCGAGCGAAACCAUCGAAAUAGUGAAGGUUAAGAUCCACGAACAGGAGGGCAUCUCUCCAUGCGAUCAGCGCCUCCUUAUGGAGGGCCGAGAUUUGGCUGAUUUGCGUACUUUAAGUGAUUACGGCAUUAAACACAACUCCACACUUCAGUUGGAUCUUCAUUUGGGAGGUCCCUGUCCUAUAUGUCAGUCACAAUUCAAGAGCAGCACCAGUGCUCCCAGCCCUACCAGUGGUGGACCACAAUCGCAUCGAAGUACUGCCAGUGAUAUCAGUGACUAAUUAGUUGUAUAUUUGAUUGUAUAGUAUAUGAACUUAAACUUCACACCAAUAAUGCAUACAAUAUUUGGGAAGCACUCCAUCACUACAUCUCUGUUCGACAUUCAGGUAUCCAUUCAUUUGUGAUCUAUUUCUAUACAUAAUUUUAUUUUCAAUAACUUUUAACUUAUUUUUAAUUAAAUAUCCACUUUAAUUAAUUGUAACGAUC